GAUAUUGGAUAUUGGAAGAGGCAAACGUGACAUUUUGAGUGCUCCGCUACGUAGUAUCAGAAAUGUGGUUGUAAAGGUCAUUUCAUUGAUAUGAGGCUGUCUCAAACAAUAUUUGUUCUGAGUGGCAAAUAUGCGGAACAGUUUGUGAGAUUUGGAGGAUAUUCUCCAACCCCAUUAUCUCUGAAAAAACUGAUCGCUUUUGAUGAAUUGCCUGUGCGUCUUGCAAAUAUUAUGCAGGAAAUUCACCUUCUUCCUGAACGGCUUGUGAGGACUCCUUCUGCGUCUCUUGUGAGACAAUGGUAUGAGCAGAGCUUUUGUGAUCUGGUGGAUUUUGAGAAAAUAACAUGGAAUGAAAACAGUCUUAAUCGGUUUAACGAGACUCUCGCAAAAAUUCGAAGCCGUCAUACAACUGUGGUCGAAACGAUGGCACAGGGUGUCAUGGAAAUGCAGGAAAAGUACAAAACUGAUGUCAUAACUAAUAACCAGGUGCAGUACUUCUUAGACAGGUUCUACAUGAUGAGGAUCAGUAUUCGUAUGCUGUUAAGCCAACACUUACUCAUGUUCGGUUCCGAGUUGAACAAGCACAGAAGAUACGUCGGUUCCAUUGAUCCUGAUUGCAACGUUCGAGAAAUAUUAGAUGAUGCAUACGAAGAUGCCAAAUUUUUAUGUGAGCACUAUUAUUCUGCCGCUCCUGAAAUGAAAGUUCAGGUUCACAGUAGCGAAGAUGGAAAGAUAGAAUUUGUCUAUGUACCCUCCCAUUUAUAUCAUAUUUUAUUUGAACUGCUAAAAAAUGCUAUGCGUGCAGUAGUCGAACAUCAUAGUAAAGAUGAUUCCCUUCCGCCUGUUGAAGUAUUGGUAUCAACUGGACGAGAAAAUGUGACAAUUAAAAAAAUGCAAUUGAAGACGAACUUAAGGUUGUAUACGACACGGUAAUUGAAAACAGCUACCCUGAAAAAUUCAUCACUAAACACAUGAUCGAGAAAGCAGAAAAGAAUUCUUCUGUAUCUGUUAAUAUGAAACCUCUAUAUAUACGACUACAAUUCAAAGGUGGUACAGAUCCAAUUGAAGUAAUAACCAACAAGUUGAAAAGGUCGAUUCAGAGAACGUUCAAUACAGGUAAGCUGUAAGUUAUAUUUUUCACAGAAGCGGUUGUUAUUCCGGAACUGGUAGAUGAAGUGCCUACGCUGACCACCUCUAAUUGUAUCUAUCAAUUCAACUGCUCCUGUAGAGAUAGUUAUAUUGGCCGUUGCUCUAGAAACCUAAUAUUUCGUGCUCCGGAACACCUAACAGUGUGGUUAAACCAAGGUGUUGUUAAAACUGUCAACAGUUCUAUAUUGGACUACCUUGUCCAAAAUGGGCCACAAAGCUACCAUUGAAGAGUCUUCCUCUAUCAUUCAUCAGGCGUACCGAAUAAAUUACCGGAGACCCCUUGAUACCGGACACUCCAAACAACACAGAUCAUUACAAUUUGCUUAAAUCAACCGGGGCUCUGUGUGCAAAGGAGACAGGUUCAGACACUAUUGCUACCUUGACCUGCUCUUGAGCCUAUAAAUUCAUAAGUUGUGUGUUGCUUCUUUUAAUUUAUCUGAUAUUUAGUUUAGUGUUAUAUUCAUGCAUAUUAUCUCUCUUACUGAUAAUGCUAUAUUUAACCAUAUUUCUUUAAUUAUUACUAUCAUAUAAAUGUAGAACCUGAUGAUCAAUUUGUCGAAAAGGAUAUUCUUUGUUCAUUGAUUAGUCUUUGAAAUUAUCAAUCGCUUCUCUAAUCAAUUAAAUUUUGACUGGGUAGUUGAGAGUGUCGUGCAAAAAAUCACGUGCCUCUUGCAAAGCUUGGAUUUCCUAAUUCGUUCUUUGUAUUUGACUAACAUCAUAAUCAACUAAGUGAUUAGUAUCAGCCCAAUUCUUCUUCAGGAUUAUGGGUAUCUUUGUGUUUAGUGAGUAUUUGUGACAGGUAGUCGUAGAAAGGAAAUGGAGUGUUAUAAAGUUCGCAUAAUCGGAUGUACUGUUAAAGCACUGUUGUAACGCUUACUGACAACGCUUAAUACAAGCCAGUCAUAAUUCCUGAAAUAAUAACCUCUUUUUUAUGGACAGUAUUUAUAAAAUGUAGAGAGUUUUCAGAGGAGUUUAUUCCAUGAUAUUUUCCCUUCGUACAAUACCUUCAAGUAAACUAUUAAUUGACAGUAUAUCUUGUGAUACAAUGGUCUCUGAGCUGAAGCACAAACCAUUGUUCAAAUUUAUUCAGUUCACAUUGCUACAUUCAAACAAGUUAUUUAUUUAUUUUACUAUGAAACAUCUUAUUUCCCAUCUAAUUGUAUUUUAUUCAUGACACUAGUAUUAUUUCCAAAUGUACUUUAUUUUAUGUUGAUUUGAUUCAAAUGUCUAAUCGAUUUUUACCCAUGCAUAUAAAUGAAACAAGAAAGUUGUGUGAGUAGUGCCUUGAUAUAAUUAUGAGCAGCAAUAAUUUGUGCUUGAAACGUGGUCAUCAGUAAAUAUUCCUGUAUAACACUGUGUGAUUUUAUCUAAAUAAAAUUUUAUCCACAGUGGAGUUAUACUCUACCACAGUUCCCAAGUCUUAUCCUUAUAUAAACAAUAGAUCACUUCUUAAAAUUAAAACCUUAAAAAAUAUUGUAUUUUAGUUUAUUACAGAAAGUCACGAAAAUUUUGUGAAUUUAGUCUGUGUUAAAUGAACAUUCCACCUAGUUGUAUGCGUGUCUCCUUAACACAACAUACAUCCAUGGCUUCAAAUUCCAGAGUUCGUACUAGUGGUACCUUUUUUCCGAUUUGGCUGAGGGCCCUGACGUUGAGUCCUCCUAUAUAAAGUUAGCGAUGUGGCUUUAAGAAGCUUUAGGCGUUGUUUCUAUGGCUCUCGUCGUUAUUUGUGGUCACAGAGUCAAGUGAAAAUGACUCACUAGCCUGAAGAAUAGUACUAACUGCGGUAAGGGAGUAAGAUGAUGAAGGCAAUGUGAGCUAAGGAGAAUGAUGCUCGGGGAGGCUUCGUGUGCUUUCGGAAAAGUGUGGGUGGUUGUUACUUCCUGGCUGCUCACAUUGUGGAAAUUAUCUGCAGCACCAUCUUACAUUUGACGGAGACGAACUUCAUGCUAGACGUCUCAAUGUUUCUGGUCAUGGUGUUCAGAAGACUGCAUUUUGUCAGCGUCUUCACAAGUCAGUUCCCAUGUCGUUAAAGUUGAUUAACUAAAAAAAAUAGUGACAGUUGGCAUCUCUGAUCCACAUACUGUUUGUCAUUACUUCAGAUAGAAACUCCCCAUAUGCUGUUAGACGGCUACAUGAGUUCACGUAGAGUGUGUUGUUUAGUGCGACAUACUUUCUCGGCACUUCGAUCACGGGCACCUUUUGGUCGACAGAGUCAAAUGUCGCCUUCAAGUCAAGAAAUAUGGUAAGUGUUGCACGCGUGUAAGUAUGCCUGUGUCCUGUAGUAGGAGUGGCAUAUUGGUUUAAGCAUUCGACUUAUAGCCACUGGGUCCUGGGUUAGAAUCCCAUCCCACCUACCCCAUCCUGCGUAACUGGGUAAUACCACCAGACCUCACACAAUGAAAAUGUGGCUCAUAAUCUGGUACAUGGACUGAGUUCAAAAUAAAUAAGUAAUCACUGAUUAUAGGGAUACUUGAUACAAAUUAACUAUAGGUUUUUAGUUGUCUUACUGCAAAAAUUUGCUUGUAUUUGCAUGGUACAAGUAACAUGGACAUCAUAAGAUCGUUAGGUGCAGAAGAAAGUAUGUAAGGUCUGUGAGAUUGUCGGCUUACACAUUUACUAAGAUAAUUAAAAUGAUAGAAUAGUAAUAGCAAGUACAUAUUCACGCUAGCUAAAUCUCUUUAGUGAAAUAAAAGGGAAAUUUCAAUCAAACAGAUCAGUAAUACUUUCCUUUCAUGCAGCCCAACGAAUUACAAGGUGUGAAGUAAAUAUUCCACAUGAGCAGUCAUACAAUCUAAAAUGCUUAUCGGUAGAUCCAAUAUAUUACUUAAACAUUAACAAUUAAAUAUCAAUAUAAAUAAAAGCGAAACAGUUUUCAUUCAUAUACUGAGCUUUAGAUGUUACAACUAAUUUAUAAUGAUAUAUGUAUUGAUUAUAUUUUCAAAAGUACAUUAUUACCUUGGUUUUGUUUUAUUCCAUUACUGCUGUAGUAAUUUAUACCCAAAAGGCCAUUUCGCUAAGUUCUAAGCUUUUAUUACUUGUCUAUUUUUUUCUGUAGUUGUUUUGGUAAUGUAUUGUCCAUCAUGAAUCAUUCUACAGUUUAUUGAAAAAUUUUCAAUACUCCAUAAUUUAGUGGUAGAUGAAAAAAUGCAUGAGAUAAGAAAUUAUUUACAACCUGUGAUUCUGACUACCUAGUCGUUAAGUUUUACGUGAACCUUGGUUUGCUUCUCUUUACACAUGAUGGAUAGUAUUCAAGAAGACUUGGCUAAUUGUCCUAAUGAUGACACUGUAUAUUAGGGUGAAACUUAGAAAUCCGUACAGAAGUCGCGGAACUUGAUAACUUACGAAAUAUAUAUAACAUAGUGCAGAAUAAAAAAUGAAGAUAUUAUCAUUAUUGUUAUUGUAAUAAUACUCACCUUCUUACGAUGGGUAGCAAAUUGUACAUUUAAAAAAGAACAUGAAUGAAUUUUCUGGGCUUAAAUACUAAUGAGUUGGAAAACUGCAUUUACUUUGAAAGAUCGAUUGGUGCCCACUGCAAGUGGUUUUUCUCUGUAUAACGUUUCCCAUCCAGAAGAUCUGAAGUAUUCAUUGGGUCGUGCAGAAAGUGAAAAAAAUUCAAAGAAAAUUUUCUCUUUCGGUGAAGUAAUCUUCAAAGGUUGCACAGUCGUAUUUAUAUUUACGUCAAGACGUAAAGUAGUUUGUCAUCGAUUAUCCGACAUGGUCGUCCAAAGGAAAAUGCAAUACAACUGCUAGCUCAAUUUCCGAGCGCCUGAUGCACUCAAACCACGUAUCUCCACUAGAGUCAUCUUUCCAAAUUAUCUACAUGGUAUAGCACAGUGUUAGGCUUCGCUUUUAUAGUCGACAUAUUCAACACAAAAUUGUAAAAAAGGAUCACUGAAGAGAACAACAACUAAAACCUCAUUGCAAUGUAUACACACUAAUGACAUAUUUAAUGUUGUACAGUAGAUAAUUACAUGGUUGCUGACGUUAUUCAGACCCUUAAAAAGAUUCACUCAGAAGCUCAUUUAUGAAGCAGAAAAUGAAGACCACUUGUUGUUUUUUGCGCUCUGAUGUAGAGGGGAAUAUGUAGUAGCGUUAAGCGUAGCAUUUUUCUUCAUGAAUUGAUAUAUAUAUAUAUAUAUAUAUAUAUAUAUAUAUAUAUAUAUAUAUGAAGUCACUUAGUAUUCUUGUUUGUCGACAAAGUUUGAUUCAUAAUUUGGUGUUUCAAGCUAGAUGCUUUCGCACAGUCGAUACUUUGAAUGGUGAAAUAAGUACAGAUGGACGAGAAAUGUAAAGUAGUUUAUUACUGAGCAAUAGAAGGUAUAACAUAACUGACACAAUUAUUCAGAUGUGAUUUCUGAAGAUAGAAAAUUAUGUAACACAGUAGAAGUAAGGAUAUGGGAUCUGACAAGGUGAAAAUUGUUAUUAGAUGAAAGGUGAGGCAUUUGAGUGUCUACUUGAUAAGUGUUAAAGUAGGGGAACAACUAAGUAAAUUGUAGAAAAGGAACAUGUAAGAGUGAUAAUAGUAAGUUAAUUACGAAAAAUACAGACAAACGAGCAAGAAACCGGACAAACCUUUUCUGUACUAAGUAAUAUAGACGAAUUGGUAGAGCCCCGGCUAUACACAAGUGGCGAAGCCUAACACUGUGCUAUACCAUGUAGAUAAUUUGGAAAGAUGACUCUAGUGGAGAUACGUGGUUUGAGUGCAUCAGGCGCUCGGAAAUUGAGCUAGCAGUUGUAUCGCAUUUUCCUCUGGACAACCAUGUCGGAUACCUCGGCAGCGAGAAGGAUGGGAGAAAUCUUUUCUGUAUACAGAGUUCAGGGUUUUCCUUAUGUGCGGAAACAGCUUACUUUCUAGACAGAUGUAGCCGAAAACCCUUUGAAUCGCUUGAAUUUACCUCAUAUCUUUUUGAAUGACUUAUGUGUUGAUAGAAAGUGAUGUGUUCAAACAAGUUGAUCAACAAUUGAGUUAUUAGCUUAUCUGAUUUCAUCCACAAUGGAAGAUUUUUGUGUACACGUCUAAACAGUGUCCAACAGUUACGGUCUGUGUACCUUCACAGGAUAAAGUAAACUUAUAUGUGAACAUGGUUGUUGUCAAAGGUGAAGCAUUAUCGUCGACACUUACAAAUGAGAAUCCGUGGAGAAGGUGGAACCUAUGGAUACAACGAAGAAUGUUUUGUGAACUGCUCUUGAUUAUCUGGUGCGUAAAAUUUUAACUGUCGUUUCACCCUUAAGUUUCAAAUUCAUAACUAAUGUUCUGGUACUCCUAUUUUUCGUGGAUUACCGAUCUUACUUUUCAUAUAUUUAUUGGGGAAUACCAAUGGAUAAGCACUCUAAAUCAGUGUUUCAGAAGGACCCCGGUUUUGUAUUCGAUGAAUUCCCCGUACAUAUGCGACAGAUUCUGGUAUGUAGAGAUUGAAUAAGGUUACUUUUUGCACUUACUGCGACAAAAUGACAUAGUACUGACUGAUUAAGGUGAAUAGUUGUCUACUACUUAUAUCAACCAGUAGUCUUAGAUAACUACUCAUCUCAAUCAGUCAGUAGUGUGUAGUUUUAUUCAAAUAUGCUUGCCUUCUUGACCAGCAGUUAUUGCAUCAAGUCUAUCACACAUCUGAACAAUUUAGUUUUUUAAGGAAAUUUCACCCUCGAACUGUGUACAUUGCAAAUCGCUAACUGAUUGGUGAAUUUGAUUUAUUGGAACAAAACCGUAAAAUUUGGUUAGCUGUCCAUUCCAUUUUGGUUUGCGUUAAGUUGAUUUUUCAAAUGAUCCUCCAAUUGUCCUUGAGAGAAUAACCUCUUCCUGAAUCAAAUUCUAGAGUAGAAACAAUUGAUCGGUGAGUAUUACUAAAUACUCCGAGGAUUUUAUUUAAACAUAUUUGUUGAUAAUGACCAAAAUAUCAUCCAUGUAUCCAUUAUAAACGUUCAACUGAUUUAUAGCCGAUUAUUGAGUACUAAGAUCCCAGGUAUGCCAUGAAGCAGUCAGUAAGUAAUGAACAAGCGAGGUGCCCUUUGUCUGCUGCGGCUUUCUAUCAAUAUCUUCCACCAUUAAGUAAGAAUGGAACAUUCAGUGUUUAUGUUUUUUUUUGUGUAAAAUAAGGAAUAGUAAUUCAUGUAUUAUUGUGUUAAUACUAGAUUUCAGAUAUGGGUGGUGGUAUA